AUGAUCCACCGAGAAUCGAGACAAACCUACACACAUAGCACCACGGACAUUGCUAUUCAAGCGACAGAUGAUACCUCAAGCUCGGACAAAGAGAAGGAGAAAGAGGAGGAGGUCUACGAUUUUAGGGAGCCCUUCCUUUUCAGCGACAUGGUUCUUCUAGUGGAAGAUGAACGUCUUCACUGCCACCGGGCUAUUCUCUCUCUCUACUCUCCCGUCUUUAAGGCCAUGUUCCAGUCGCGUUUCGAGGUAGCAAAACCCAACUUUAGCGAUGCUGAUGCACCAUCAAAUUCAACCCCAUACGAAACGGAAGUUCGCCAUUCUUCAAGUGUCAUUCAGAAGUGUAAGUUGGCGAUGGAAAUCAGGCAUGAAAUCGAGCCAGAUGUUUGGAUCCUCUAUUACGAUCCCACUACUUCUUCAACAGGUGAUGAAGAAGUAACCGCUCCAGAACAAGAGACAUCCUCCAACCAGGUGUCUUUGCCCAAGGACGAUGCAGAAACGGUGAGAGAACUUCUGCGGCACCUCUACACACCCGGUGGCUGCGAUAUGGACAGUGCUGCGGCACAACGACUGCUUCCACUCAUCCAUCGAUUUCAAAUAGACUCGCUGAUUACCACAGCAGAACGAACAAUGACCUUCAGUAUGACCGAUUCUCUGGCUCCCAAGAUGUUGGCACUGGCGGAUAUGUAUCAGCUGAACCACCUCAAACAGGCAGCCAUUGAUGCCUGCACACGCCUUGACAUGAAGCGCAUGGCCGAGGCCCUAGAGGAGACACCGCUAUCUGCUGAAUUGAAGUCCACCAUCUUUGAAAGACGCGUCCUUCUUUUGGAGAAAGUCAUCACCGACAUUGAACGCAGUUUCAGCCAGUCCUGCAUCCGGAUGGAGAGCAAAUUGGAGCGAGUCUUUACCAACCACUGCCAAAUUCACAGUAAACCACUUUCUACCACUACCGUUCCAGUGAGCAUCCAACUAACCAACGCGCCGGCUAAUGACAUCGACCGACUCGUAAUUCGUCCAGUGGAGGCUAGUGCUCAAGACUCCGCCUCCACUAAUAAUGUUCGUCUCACCACUCGGGUGCUGCAAUCCAACGCCAGUGAUGUGGACAUUCCCAGAUCACAUGAGUUAGCGGAGGUUGCACCUGGAUCGUCUUCUGCUGUCACGACAGCUCUUGUUGAAGUGCCAGCAGUAUGCGAGAGCUGCGUGGAACGCAUUUCCACACACAUUAAAGAUCUCUGUCGUCGAGCUUUACACAAGGCUCAAUUCGUUCCCUAUAAACCUACGGUCAUUACCAGCACAUCAUCAGCUUGA